ACAAGCAGAAUCUGUCUCUACUGAACAGGAACAUUUGGUAGUCCGUCUCCGAUUACUGCUGAAGUAUCUUCUAAUCUGUUUUAAGUUCAAGAAAAAUAGCUUUAUAAAUCGCAAAAACGGACCAGCUACGUUUAAAACGGAGGAGAUAAUGUUAACCAAAGCAACUAUUGUGGUUUUCAUUUUUUCAAUCUGCAUGCUCCAAGGAUCGAACCCUUGUCCAGCAGCAUGCACGUGUACAGACAACAGAAAGGAAGUUCAGUGUUCUGGUAAACAACUGAACGCCAUUCCUAACAUACAAGGCUCAAAUAUUACGACACUGGAUGUCAGCUUCAACAAUAUCUCUCUGAUCCAUCCCAAUGACUUCGGCAACUGGGGAGGACAACUGAAAUUCUGUUAUCUUAACUAUAACUACAUAAAUAAGGUUGAAAUAAGUGUGUUUCGGAGGCUUCCUGAACUGACGCACAUUCAUCUGGACUAUAACUUGAUUAGUCAGAUUGACCAACAUACAUUUGAAGAAAAUCAUAAACUAUCGAAAUUGAUCCUGAAUGGAAACACACUGACUCUCCCAAAUGACACAGAGUUUUUGAAUGUGCCUUCACUUCGUUGGAUAGAAUUAGAAAAUUGUAGUAUCAGUUAUUUGAAUGUGAAUUUAUUUAAAAAUAUGUCAAAAUUGGUAGUUAUUAGAUUAAGUAAUAACCUUAUUGAACAGUUACAAACAGAAUUGUUUUCUCAUUUGAAGAGCUUGAGAUAUCUACAUCUCGAAGGAAAUAAUAUAAAAGAAAUUGAUCCUUACAUUUUCAAAAGUAAUCAUAAACUUGAAUGGUUAUACCUACGCAAUAAUCCAUUGAAUCAGAAUCAGUUCAGUCGAAACCAUUUCUUGCAUGUUCCGUCUAUAAUUUUACUUGACAUCAGUUUCUGCAACAUUAGCCAAAUAUCAAACAGCUGCUUCACUAAUCUGCAUAAUCUUCUUGGUCUUAAGUUAAAUAACAACGUAUUGAAAUCCUUUAACGUAAUACAGAUUCCCAAAAACUUAGAAGUUCUGGAUAUAUCGCGAAACUCUAUCACGACCAUAAAUGCAAGAAAGGAAAUCAUUAGGCACACGAAGAAUAUAAAAUAUUUGGAUUUAACACACAACGAAUUUAUUUGUGACUGUCAUUUGUAUGAUAUGUGGUUGUGGUGUGCUACGUUAAGAAGUAGACCUGGAGGCAUGAGUUAUUGUGAUGAUUUCUGCCCAGCAUUUAAACCCAUGACAUGCAAAGGACAAUAUUCUCAAAAUGACAAAGCACGAAACACGUCAAAACAUUUUAGUUCAAGAAACCCAGAAACAAAUCAGAAAUAUGUUAACCAUUCGUCAGAAGGAAUCAAUUCUGAUUAUGAAACAAAUGGCACUCAAGACAAUGUUGACAUAGAAACUAUCGACGAUAUGGAUGUUGAUACAGAUAUUGCUAACGACACAAUUGGGAAAUAUCAAAUUAAUGACGAAAGUGAGUCCUCAGAUUUAGGUUCGACUGAUGAAAAAGACCAAGUAGAAAAAAGAAUGUGGGGUAUAAUUCUAUAUUCAUGCAUUGGUGUUAUGGGGGGAAUGUGUCUUAUUGGGGCAGUAGUUUUGGGAACGGAUAUGUUCUUAAAUUACAGAAAAUCACGUGGUGAGAAAAACUGUAAUUCUUUGAGAAGUAGCAUGCGACAUGUCAAGAUGGAACUAAUGGAUACAGCUGCAGACAGUCAAGAGACGAGACCGCUUACACACAGUCAAGGGUUUGACUUCGUUUCUAUGCCGACAAAUGCAAAUAUAACGAUUCAGCAUGGCAAUUCUGGGUCUAGCUCAGUUCAAUCGUGAGCAGACAUUGACAGAAGAGAAAAACGUGAUUUUUAAAAUGUAUGAAACAAACGUUCAACCCCAUACGCCACGAACACAGUUUCAAGCCUUUUUAAAACUGUGUAUUUUCGAAAAUACAAGUACUGAAAUAACAUCUGCUGGUAUUUUAUGCGUGUUACAAAUGACUUUCAAUGUAAAAACAACAAUCUGUCGAAGUAAAGAGUUUUCUGGAUGAUUUCCACCGUCUAAUAAAUAAAAUCAUAAAAUCCACGACGUUUCGCAGAUGGGACUCUACAACAACAUGUCGCCAAAGAUGUUGAUUAUUAAUCAGAAAAACAGUUCUGUUGGCAAUACUGACGGGAAACUGGGAAUAGGAGAACCGCGGCCACCUUUAACAGACAUGAACAUGACAUGUGCUGUCCUGCUAUCUACUGAAUUAAAAUUAUGCUAUAUUCAAUUAACAGCGACAACACACAUUGCCAUUGUAAGAUUCGCGUCUUCUGACGCUCGAAGGCAGCCAAUGACAAGUCACUGCUUGUCAGGACACAUUAGUCAUCCCGCACUGCAAAGUUGUAUCAAAGUGGAAGACAGAAAUAUUGAAGACUGAAUUUAAAAAAAAAAUGUAUGUAUGUGUUUGUAUAGAUAUUUGUAAGGGCAGACAAGAAAUGUGAUUAAAUUAAAUGUAAAAUCACAAGGAAGAAAAUUACAUGCUUCUCAUUUCAAUUUUGUCCUGACUUUUGCACCAGUCUGCAUACAAAUGUAUUGCCAUAUUACUUCUCAAAUGAUCGCUAUAAAAGCAUACGUAAAUAAUUCACUGUUUUCCCGUUUUCGAACCUUAAAGUUUUAAGCUAACACUGCAGCAUGCAUGUUAUGGUAGGAGAUGGAUAUUUAAGAAUUUUCAGUGACUUAGAACAUUGAAUACAGAGUGUAUAAACCAUGAUGCUUAUAAAAUAUUAUUUUAAAAAUGUAAUAGUUUUAAGAAUAUCAGACCUUUCUUUUACCAAUGUAGUAUUAAUUUAUACAUAAAAUAUUUCAUAAACUUUAAUAAAAAUCCAUUAAAUACUG